AUGAACGAACCUCAAGGUCCCUUGGACACUAUUCCUAAAGUCAACUACCCGCCAAUACUGACCAUAGCAAACUAUUUUUCUACCAAACAGAUGAUAGACCAAGUCAUCAGUGAGGAUCAAGACUACGUUACGUGGAAAUUACAAAACUUAAGAACAGGAGGCGCACCAAUUAACAAUCAAUUGAAAAAGUAUCCGAAAUAUAAAUACAAGAAAGCAAAAAUAAACCAUCAAGGUCCGGACUCUAUUAAUAAAGUCCCUGAAAAUUUAAUCUUUCCACAAGAUAUCUUAAAGCAACAAAUACAAAAUAAUGACGCCAAUGGUAACGAAGAUCAAAAUGACAAACUUAUGCAGGACGAACAAUUCAAACUCUUGGUGACCAACUUAGAUAAAGAUCAAACGAACCGGUUUGAGGUUUUUCAUAGAACAUCCCUAAACAAGACUCAGGUCAAAAAGCUGGCUAGCACAGUAGCUAAUCAAACCAUCAGUGAGAAUAUGCGCGUCUUUCUGCAAGCAGUAGGCAAGAUAUACGCUGGUGAGUUAAUUGAACUAGCCAUGGUCGUGAAAAAUAAAUGGUUGACAAGUCAAAUGUGCAUAGAGUUUGACAAGAGGACCAAGAUAGGCUAUAAAUUAAAAAAGUACCUAAAAAAACUAACGUUUUCCAUCAUAGAGAACCAGCAGUACAAACAAGACUACCAAUCCGACAGUGUACCCGAAGACGAGCCUGAUUUUUACUUUGAAGAUGAAGAAGUGGACAAACGCGAAACUACCUUGGGCAACUCAUUAUUACAGUCCAAAUCCCUACAAAAAUCUGACAACAAUUCACAAGAUCUGAAGCUACAACUUAUAGAGCAGUACAAUAAGCUUGUUAUCCAAUUCAACAAACUAGACGUAAGCAUCGAAAAAUACAACAAUAGUCCCAUCUUGCCUGAACACAUCCGUGAGGCAUGGAGACUUUAUCGUCUGCAGUCGGAUACUUUGCCCAACGCUUACUGGAGAACUCAAGGCGAAGCGCAGGGUUCCAUGUUUAGAUAG